AUGAAGGUAAAUGUGUAUGUUGCCGCAGGAAAUGAUGCUCCGUGUCGGAUCUGCUGGUACAUGAACACAUCCGAUGCUCAAGUAGAGAAGGCAAUACGCAUACAGCUACGUUUGCCACGUGAUACCGAAUUUUUACUCGAAGAUGCUGAUGGUGAUGUGGUGCCCGUGUCAUCGACGUUGCCAAAUGGUCAACACUUUGCAAUAGUGAUGCAAGAAGAUAGCCAAGUUCCGAUCAUCGAAAAGAUGGAUCUAUCGGCCAAUGUCAUUGAGGAAACAAAUGUAAUCCUUCCGUACAAGAGAAAAAGACUAGAUGAAUCCGAAACUGCUGCAAUUCCUGCGCCUACCUCGCCGCUUAAUGUUACUGAUCUCUCCACUGUCUUAACGACUCUAAGUACUUUCAGUCCACCACGCUCAAUUGCGACAAUCAUUGCGCAAUUUGUCGAUACAUUCACGCGGCCUAUUGCGAAUGACGACAACAUCGGCUUCAUUCCGAAUACAGGUCGCUUCGCACUCUAUGAUUUAUACUGCGAGGUAGUACAAGAUAAGAAAUAUCAUCCAAAACGCGAAGAUGUGUUUUAUAAGAUGACGUCUAUGCAUGGCAAAGUAGAUCGACAACGCGUGAAUCGGUACUAUCAAUGUCCUUCAGAGAAUGGGGAAGGAACAGAAAUUGUGCAGUGUAAACCACAAGGGAAAGGAGUAUUAUUGCGGAGAUAUCGCAAGUUAGGGAAAUUAGAAGAGCUGGAGAAUGUGGUGAAGAUUGCACCAUUUAUUUCAUGGUUGAAACUGGACCCAAAUGAAGUAGUAACGCGAUAUUCUCAUUUUGUGAAAGGCUUUGAACCAGUUUCCAAAAGUAACUACCGUACAACAACACCUGAAAGAGACGAAGCGAUUUUUAUUUGA